CCUGUAGACCAUUUUCCAUGUGCAUUAUCCUGUAUUUUUGUGUGUUCCUUUCAGGGAACACAUAACCAGAGUAACUGGUGACCAGGAGACCAAGCUACUUGAAUUGGCGGUAGUGCCUCUGAGUCCCCUAACAGUGAAAACGCAUUUCAAGUCUCUUAGUAUCAGGUUGUAUGUUUUAUAUAGAGGAUGUGGAAAUUCUAAGCUGCAUAUAAGCUAAUGAUCAUGAAAGUGGAUUCAGAACUAAUUACAAAUGCCUGGAAAGAAACAUGCACUUAUUGAGGAUGAACCAUGUACCAGGCCAUGUGUUAGGUUAUUUCACAUCUUAUUUACUAGUCCUCCAGACCUUGUAAGCUAGAAAUUAUUAUUUCCACUUUUCAGUAAGAAAAAUUAUGAAUAUUAUGAAUAUUCUGAGAACUUAACACUAGUUCCCAAAGAGCACAACGUAUAUAAUGAAGGAGCAUGCGGUAGGGGUUAAGAGCAUGGACUCUGGGUUCCUUCUGCCUGACUCCCCAUCCUAGCAUCACCACUUAUUAGCUGGGUGACCUUGGGCAAGUUGCUUCAACUCUGGGCCUCUGUUUCCUCAUUACAGAAAUACAGAUAAUAAUAGUCCCUAGCUCAUAGUGUCGUUGGUAUCUGCAUUCAGUGAAUAUUCAUAAGGCUCUUAGAAAUAGCGCCUAGAAAAUAGAAAGUACUAGCACAUAGAAAGCAUAAUAGAAGUUUUGAUGAAUCAAUACGUGAAUGACUUCCAGGUCCCAGGUGGUGACCAGAGGCAGCUACUCUGUUGCAAAAUGGCGGUGUUGACACCAGCUCAGAGGCCAUGGAGUACCCAGUUCCAGCCAAUGAAGGCUCUGCUCAAGCACGAAUCUCUGGGCUCCCAGGCCUCAGCAGACAGGGUUCUCCAGGUUCCUGGGCUUGCCCCGGGAGGGCGCUGCAGAGGAGACGCAGUGGUGGCUGCCAGGCUGCCCUCAGAGCCCCAGGGCUUGCUGAAAACGGAAGACGUGGCCCUGGCUUUCUCCCCUGCAUGGACACAGCUGGAUUCACCUCGGGGGAGCUUCCACAGAGAUGAAAGGCAGGAGAACUGUGGCGGCCUGACCCCCCUGGGUGGUAACAUGCAGGCUGAGAUCACGGACCUGCCCCCAGAUGAGGAACAUCCAGGACAAGAGCCUGGGGAAAUACCGUGCCACUUGAGUGAAGACAUUGCCCAGAUUCCUGCCUGUGUAGAAGCUGGUGAACAGGAGGGCAGGUUACCAAGAAAGCAGAAAAAUGCCACAGGAAGUAGGCGGCACUAUUGUCAUGAAUGUGGAAAGAGUUUUGCUCAGAGUUCGGGCCUGACUAAACACAGGAGAAUCCACACUGGUGAGAAACCCUAUGAAUGUGAAGACUGUGGCAAGACCUUUAUCGGGAGCUCUGCCCUCGUCAUCCAUCAGAGAGUCCACACUGGGGAGAAACCAUAUGAGUGUGAAGAAUGUGGCAAGGUCUUUAGUCACAGCUCAAACCUUAUCAAACACCAGAGAACCCACACUGGGGAGAAGCCCUAUGAGUGUGAGGACUGUGGGAAGACCUUCAGCCAGAGCUGCAGCCUCCUAGAACAUCACAAAAUCCACACGGGGGAGAAGCCGUAUGAGUGCACCCUGUGUGGUAAAGCUUUUAGGCGGAAUUCACACCUCCUGAGACACCAGAGGAUCCAUGGCGAUAGAAACGUGCAGGAUCCUGAACGUGGAGAGACCUGGGAGAGUCAGGGGAGGGUGGAAGGCCAGUGGGAAAAUGUUGAGGCUCCCGUGUCUUAUAAAUGUAACGAGUGUGAGAGAAGUUUCACUCGGAACAGAAGCCUUAUUGAACACCAAAAAAUCCACACUGGUGAGAAACCCUAUCAGUGCGACACAUGUGGAAAAGGCUUCACCCGAACUUCAUACCUCGUUCAACAUCAGAGAAGCCACGUCGGAAAAAAAGUUCUAUCACAGUGACCCACGUCGUACGUGGCAGAGUUGGUGCUCAUUCCUCAUUGAACCGAAGCCACCCGCAGCCCUUCCUGACCACAGAAACUGGGCUGGGCUUUAUUGACCACUUCCCAUCAUCUUGUGUUAGAAGACACAGAGUCUGGCUGAGAUGGAUUCUCUUCUACAUUCUAGAAGGUGGCUGAGGAACAGCUUAUUUGAUGGGAGGCUACAGGAGAGUUGUCUGGAAGGGGUAGGACCUGAAAUGUUUAUUCUCACCUACUAGACUGAAAUGGGCUUCCAGACUGGCUAACCACCUCCAGCCAGCACUUUAUGAUGUCUCAUGGGCAGAAGGCUGGGGGCUGCUGCUCUGACCAUUUUGCCCGUAAAGAAUCCUCCAUCAGUUGGUCAGAUCCAUGACAUCUUACACUCCCCAUUGUGCCUUUCGUAUAGGUGCUUAUAAACAUUAAAUAUACUAGUGAAGUGACCUCCAUAGCUCUGAAAAUCUAAUGUGGUCUAGAUUUCUGAGGCCUUUCUAACUAAGGCCACUUGUGUUUGUGUAUAAUUCUUGGAGGUUCUAGAUUGUGGGUCAAUUGUGUAUUUAUUGCCACGUACAUAGGAUUGUCAGAGUUGGGGUGGGGGAAUCUGUAUUUCUUCAUCAGCAUAGUACUUGUAGAAGAAUGCCUUAAGCAGCUGGUCAUUCAGAUGUGGUGAGACUUCUCCAUCCAUAGAACUCCAUUCUUCAGUCGAUGUUAAUUAUAUUUGUUCACAUUAAUUUUGCUACUUUUUAGGGGGAAACCUUUCACAUUCAGGUAAAUAAAAUGUGAAUUGAUCAAGUCAGAUCCAACUGGUUAUGAAUUUUGAUAUAAAUUCUCUGAUGUUCAACAGCUUGUUUCUCACCUUUUAGUUAUCUUGGGCCCAACAAAUUGCCAAGACACCAUCUAUAUCCCUCCCUCCCAACUUCGAGCCAACUUGAAUCACAGCUUAUGAUUUCCUCCAGAUAUUUAUAACAAUCUUCAUGUUUUCAGAACUGCUCUUUGGAUGCAUCAGGAUAGGAAGAUAAAGUCAGAGGCAGCCAAUGAGGAUGGGAGCCCAAGUAUGGGCAGUAGGAGAAAAUGUAUCUGUUCAGAAUUACAUUGGAAUCAUACUCCACAAUGUCCAAAGUAUCAACAUGUGAAGCCACAAUAAGAAUUUUGUGAUAUCUCUUGUUUGCACCCAAAUCACCUUCUACUGAGUUCUUCAAAGGCUGACAUCUUCCUGAUAUCACCAACUUCCAACUUUACCAGGCUGUGCCAAGAAUGGAUUCCAUUUCUCAUGGAUCUCAGGGCCAUGUUUUGUUCAGUCACCGGCAUA